UCAAGCUUCGAGUUCGGGGUCCUAGGUAAAUGACUUGGCAAAAAUUAUAACGGUACAUGUCAAGUUGCUGUCGGCCGAAUUCGUGGUCAAACUGCAGCACAUCUUGGAUCGGUACAUGAUGCAUGCAUAUGCAUGAGACCAAUCACCAUAUGUAUAUAAGACCUAUAGCUAGUAUAUAUACAUGUGCAUGACAUAUACAUGCAAUCUUGAUGAUGCAUACUUCUGCACUUCUGUUAAUCACUGUACAAGCUUCACACAUUUCAUGUACAAGCUUUACAUUUCGCCCAUAUCUGCUAUGGCUUGCAUACAUGCUACGAUCUCAUGCAUACCUCCGCACUUCUGUUAGUUACUUUACAAGCUUCGUACCCUUCCGGUACAAGUUUUACAUCUUACACGUGUCUGUUACUACUUGCAUAUGUGCUACAAUCUCAUACAACCAUCUACCAGGGUUUGUAAGCCAUAAAAGGCAGUAACCAGCCAUACACGCGAACUGUUCUUUUGUUGAUGGA